GGAGAAGGAGUUCGACAAGGCCUUCGUGGACGUGGACCUGCUGCUGGGCGAGAUCGACCCCGACCAGGCCGACAUCACCUACGAAGGGCGGCAGAAGAUGACCAGCCUCAGCUCCUGCUUCGCCCAGCUCUGCCACAAGGCGCAGACCGUGUCCCAGAUCAACCACAAGCUGGAGGCACAGUUAGUUGAUCUGAAGUCUGAACUGACAGAAACGCAGGCAGAGAAAGCGGUAUUGGAAAAGGAAGUGCAUGAUCAGCUUUUGCAACUCCAUGCUGUUCAACUUCAGCUACAUGCCAAAACUGGUCAGAGUGUUGAUUCUGGGGCUAUUAAGGCAAAACUGUCUGUCCUUUCUGUGGAUGAAAUGGAGAGAGAACUUGAAGCUAACAAGAAAGAAAAAGUGAAAGAAGCUCAGCUGGAAGCUGAGGUGAAGUUGCUGAGGAAAGAAAAUGAAGCUCUUCGUAGGCACAUAGCAGUGCUUCAGGCUGAGGUUUAUGGAGCAAGAUUGGCAGCCAAGUAUUUAGAUAAGGAACUAGCUGGAAGGGUCCAGCAGAUUCAGUUACUGGGCCGAGAUAUGAAGGGACCUGCUCAUGACAAGCUCUGGAAUCAGCUUGAAGCAGAAAUACACCUUCACCGUCACAAAACCGUUAUUAGAGCUUGUCGAGGUCGGAAUGAUCUAAAACGACCAAUGCAAGCACCACCAGGACACGAUCCUGAUGCCUUAAAGAAGAGUCAAGGUGUUGGUCCAAUCAGAAAAGUUUUGCUCGUUAAAGAAGACCAUGAAGGACUAGGAAUUUCAAUCACAGGUGGGAAGGAGCAUGGUGUUCCAAUACUGAUCUCUGAAAUCCAUCCUGGACAACCUGCUGAUCGAUGUGGAGGAUUGCAUGUUGGUGAUGCUAUUCUGGCAGUAAAUGGAGUUAAUCUAAGAGAUGCAAAACAUAAAGAAGCUGUAACUAUUCUUUCCCAACAGAGAGGUGAGAUUGAAUUUGAAGUAGUGUAUGUUGCUCCAGAAGUUGAUUCAGAUGAUGAAAAUGUAGAAUAUGAGGACGAGAGCGGACACCGUUAUCGUUUAUAUCUUGAGGAAUUGGAAGAAGGUGCAAAUUCAAGUUCUAAUAGGAAAGAUGCAAAUGUGGAUGUCAAACCCUCACAAGUGUUUGAUAAGAAACCAAGUAUUGAUGGACAUGAAAAUGGAGACCUGGGGAAUUCAGUUGAAGCUCCGUUAGAAGACACUGCACCCAAAUUAGCCCGUUCUGCUGAGUCUUUAUCUUAAAAACAAAAAAAUCAACUGGACAGAUCCCAUCUUUGGGAACCAUUGAUAAUCAAUACUGACUGCUCCAAGUUGCAUAUACUAGUGUAGGUUGUAAAAGGAUGAUUAAAUGUCAAAGGGGACUGUAUUACUGUUGCCUGGAGAAAAGGCGGUUACCUCAGGGCUUCAUUGUGAGCAAUUCUAAAUGUGGAAAACUGUCUUUUGCGUGACACACAGUAGUUACCUAACACAUGGCAUGUGAAAUGAAUUUUCUUUUAGUAAUAAGCACCAAAGCAUGGGAUUUCUAAAAAGGAUAACCUCGAUACAUUCAACUUUUAAUCUCAUUGAUCCCCCCAAGGAAGUAGAGUAAGAUGUGGCCAGCUUCAUUUUGACCCUUUGAUGUUUUAAAGGGACAACUGAUGUUCAGUUUGGUGUGAAACAAGCUUUAACUCUGGAAGGAUGGGGGGGUGGGGAAUUGUACCAUUGCAUCCAUAAGUUUUGUACUUAGGAUUUU